UGCGUUUCGACGCCCGCAUGGAUUGGACCUUUUGAUCGGAAUCCUAGGACAUUUGAUGUAAACCAAGCGGAGAGAGAAUAUUGUUGUAAAUCCAGACACACACACACACACACACACACACACACACACACACACACACACACACACACACUCAGCGACCAGACAAAUGUAACGGUGUGUAAAGGAAACACAACAACAACAACAACACAGGAGUCAGGUGGGAGUAAAGCGUCUACAGGUGAACAGAGGAUGCUGUGAAGGGUGAACAGAGAUCUGUGACCAGGUUUAAAGGACAUGGCGGUGAUCAGACUGUCGCUGCUGCUGCAGGUGGGUUUCGUUGUGGGCGCGCACUGCUCGGCUCUGGCACCGAGAAGGGACGAGCAUCAUCAUCAUCAGCAGCAGCUUCAUUAUCCUCAACAUCAGCAGCAACCUCAACAUCAGCAUCAGCAACUGCCGAGGGUCGUGGCUGCGUUUCUGCAUACAGGCGACCCGUCCGCGCUCGAGCGCGCCAACUGCACCGGGAGGUACGAGCUGAACGCGUUGCGGGCCGGUACGCGCGUGCACCAGCACCCAGCCGCCCGCCCCGCGCUGCACGCUCUCAUGCACGCCGCAAGCUUCCUCCGGGCUCUGUUGAGGGAACGGGAACGGGAACGGAACCUCGUGCGCGACCUGGAGUGGUGCCGCGCGCUAGUGCGUAGCGUUGUGGAAGGCGACGCCAGGAUCCACCGCGCCGCCGUCGUGUUCGACGCCGCCUCAUCCUCCUCUUCCUCGGCGGGUCACCAGCCGCGCGUCUUCCUCCAGGCCACGCGCCGCAGCGGAGACAUCGUGCUGCAAGACCUGUCCGCGUCGGCACGCGACUUCUUCCGAAACGAGACCGCAGACACCGAGUGGUAUCACGCUCACAGACGCGAGAUGAGACGCGGGGAGGAGGGUCACGUGGCUGAAAGUACACACGUGAAGUGGUCGGCUCCGUUCCUGGAGUGCGAGGCCGGGAGUUUUGUCCCGCGGUGGCUCCUGACCUUGUCCACCGGGUUUCACGAGCAGAAGCCGAACAUGUCUCCUGACUUCAGGGGAGUUGUUCGUUUGGAUAUCAGCCUACAGGAUGUGGAUAUUGAUCAGUGUUCCACUGACGGCUGGUUCGCAGGAACUCAUAGGUGCAACCUGACCAGCAUGGAGUGCCUCCCCAUCCCGGGUCAAGGCUUCGUCCUGGACAAAUACAAAUGCCAGUGUAAGAGAGGCUUCUUCCAUCCCAGCAGAGUAGCCAUCAACGGCAUCAAGAGGAAGGCCGUGAGUACCCGUGACCCUGCGGGCUCUAGCGUGUGUCUGCCCUGUGAGAAGGGAUGUAUACACUGUAAGGACGAUACGCCGUGUGUGGCUCACGGUGAAGGAUAUCUCCGUAUCACCGUGCUGGUCCUCCAGGCCAUCUGCAUGCUGCUGGACUUCAUCAGCAUGGUGCUGAUUUACCACUUCCGCAGGAACAAGAGCAUCAGGGCUUCAGGGCUGGUUCUGCUGGAAGCCAUCUUGUUUGGAGCUCUUCUUCUCUACUUUCCUGGUGUGGUCCUGUUCUUCCAGCCCAGCGUUUUUCGCUGCAUCCUGCUCAGAUGGGUGCGCAUGCUCGGCUUCGCCACCGUGUACGGAACCAUCACGCUUAAAUUAUACAGGGUUCUGAAGGUGUUCCUAUCUCGCACGGCUCAGCGGAUCCCGUACAUGACCAGCUGGAAGGUCCUGUGCCUCUUGUGCAUCAUUCUCCUGAUUGUUCUCUGGUUCCUGGUGGCAUGGACUUUGGCUGUGUGCCAGAACCCAGACUGGCACUUGGCACUGAUCACUGUGGGCUUCACCCCAGAGGGUCUACAGUUCAGUAUGUGCCUGCUGGACCGCUGGGAUUACAUGAUGGCAGUGGCUGAGUUCCUGUUCCUCCUGUGGAGUGUGUAUCUGUGUUACGCUGUGAGGACGGUGCCUUCAGCCUUCCACGAGCCACGCUAUAUGACCUUCGCCGUGCACAACGAGCUCAUCAUCUCAGCUAUAUUCCAUGUGAUCAGAUUUACUUUUGCGUCCGAGCUGCACCCUGAUUGGAUGCUUAUGCUGUUCUUCGCUCACACUCACUUGACAGUGACAGUUACCCUGGGGCUCUUACUCCUCCCAAAGUUUCUGUUUGCGGGGACACACCUGAGAGACGACAUUGCGACCGAGGCCUACGAGGACGAGUUGGACAUGGGACGGUCAGGGUCCUACCUGAACAGCAGCAUCACAUCUGCAUGGAGUGAACACAGUCUAGACCCAGAGGACAUACGGACACCAGACGAAAUGGGCCAGCUCAGUUCUAUUAAUGGCUGUGGCGUAAGGUCUUGCGACAGUCUUUGGGAAAAAUAUACCAAUGAGGAGUUGAAAAAGCUUUAUUCCCAGUUGGAAAUCUACAAACGGAAGAAGAUGUUGGCUAACAACCCCCACCUGCAAAAGAAACGCAGCUCCAAAAAAGGCCUGGGACGCUCGCUCAUGAGGCGCAUCACCGAGAUCCCAGAAACGAUGGGCCGCCAGCAUAGCCGCGAGGACAAGGAGCUGGGGGAACAUGGUAGUAACUGUAACAGCAUCUGUGUCUUGAGGAAGAAUCCUUUCGAGCCAUCACAUUCAACGAAAACUGCAAAGGAGGAGUCCUUGAAGAACAAGGCCUUCUCCCUGAAGAAGUCACACAGCAGUUACGAUCAUGUUCGAGACCAAAGUGAGGACUCAAGCAGCUCAGCAACUGAUAAGAUGGAAGUAUCUACUACAGAAGGAUCUCUUCUUGAAACACUGAUGGGUAAGAAGCUGGUAAAGAAAAAGUCAUCGGAGAAGAUUGACGUUGCCAGCGAGUCAACCGAAUCAGUUCCUUUGGUGUGUAAAUCAGCCAGCGCUCACAAUCUGACAGCUGACAAGAAACCUCUGCACCCGAGGACGUCUAUGCUGCAGAAAUCACUCAGUGUCAUUGCCAGCGCCAAAGAGAGGACCUUGGGUCUAUCAGGAAAGACCCAGUCUAUAGAGGACCCCAACAAAAAUGUUCAACAUAAGAACAAAGAAGUUAAAAGCCCUGUUGAAAAUGAAGAGGGCUAUAUGAAGAUGAUCAUAAGCCAGUCAGUAGAAUAUAAGCAGACAGGUGGCAAAGCUGGAAUAAUGAAACAUCAAGUUAGUGAAAGCCAACCGGCAAUCUGCUCUGAGACAGCGAAAGGCAAAGAUUUUUACAAUAUUUCUGAGGUGUGUCCUUGGGAAUUAGAGGAUUUACCCACUCCUUCAGAGAACAAGGUACAAAAGCAUGUGUCUAUUGCUGCAGAAGAGUCGACCACAAUUCACUCCAACAGCACCAAGGCAACCAAACAGCAGAAGCAGAAAGGCACGGACCAGUCGCCUUCUUCGACCCGACGACCCAAUCAGAAGCCUAUCGACAGAGCAGAUAUCUGUUCUUGGGAGGAUGGUGGUAAAGAAAACAAAGGUCAAAUAGACUGGCCAAAACCAAAUUUCUCCAGCCAACAUGCUCAGUCUCAAAUACAAACUUCUACAGACAGAACCAAAUCUCAGAAAGCAGACAUAGUACCUUGGGAGUUUGACGAGUUGUCAAAAAAAUCUAUAGACUCAACCUGCUCUAUUGAUCAUGGCAGAACCAAAACCUCAACUGCAGAGAUCAAAACCAAAUCAAGCACAGCUGCGAUGGACAUUAAAGGCAAGGGCACUAUCCUAACUGAGAGGAAAGUGAAAGACAUUCUUCCUGAGGCCUUCAAAUCUUCAGGAAGCUCUCUGCAGGCAUCUUCCAAGGCAGACAUCUGUCCAUGGGAUUAUGAAUCAACAAGCCCUACCACUGAAAAGAUUCCCAGUCCUUCUCAGGUUUCUAAAAUGAAAGAGACCACAGCUACAAAGAAGGGAGCAGCCCCUGUGAGAACAUUCCAGAAAGAAAAAGAGAAGAUGAAGGUUUUGGAUGAUGAGAAAGCCAGAACAAUGUCAAAAGACAAGCCGCCUCCUUCAGCUAAUCCAACAGAGAGACCUCUCAGCCAAGCCAAACUGUCUGAGAUUUGUCCUUGGGAUGUGGACAGUAGUCACAACAUGGGUGACAUGGAAAAACAGAAAAGUCCAAACACGGCAAUAGGGAAUACCAAGCAAGCUGCUAUAAGUCCAUGGGAUUUUGAAGAUCCAACAACGACUAAAGAAGUUAAAAGAAACACUGAUUCUUCUAUAGCGAAACAGAAAAGUCCCAAUUCGAAAGGAGAUCCAGGCGGUGCCAAAAUGGCAGAAGUAUGUCCAUGGGACUUUGAUGACCAAACGUCAACGAAAAAAGCAUGACAUUCGAUCAAUAUGGACGACUAAAAACGUAGUUCUCAUCGUACUUGCAUUGUGUCAUCUUACAAAACCCUGGAAUAUGAACUAUAGAUAUCAUUAAUUACGGUGACUUCUGGGAAUAAAAUUAAGUCACACAAGCUGCCUUUCUUUACAAUUUUCUUUUCCUUAGUGCUUUUUGAAAAAAAAAAACAAAAAAAGAAGAAACUAAAACUAAAAAAUAAAUGCAACAAAAUCAUCAAGCAUUCCAGAUUCUUACAAUGUACUCUUUAAUCACUAACAGUAGUAUGAGAAUUAUGCAACUCUUUAUGUGCAAUGUAGAUCAACCUGCCUUUCCUCAUCACAUAUAUCCUUAUUUAUUAAUCUGAAUUUUCUUAAUUCCAUAAUAGCUGCAUCUGUAGCAUGGUCUGUCUGACUAUGUCAAUCAUAUGGGAUUGUAAAAUUAAUUACACG